ACUAGCGGAGGUUACACUCUCCAAGAAAUGAAGCUCCGUGCGUCGAUCGGCUGUUACGUCCUCAGCGUUUACUUCGCUUUAUGUAGCGACGGUGCUGGCCUACCGGAACACUAUUCGUCGUUGAUCGACGGCAGUGAGACAGACUUCGGUUCUUCUUCACCGUUUCCCCUUGAAAUAAACGAAUCUCGUGAUGAUUCAACGAUAGAAAAUAUUCCGGCGUUUUAUGAAAAUGAAACUGAUCUGAGUGAUUUUGCAACGUUUUUCAAUGCUGAAAGUAAAUCUGACGCCGAUUUACCGAAUCAGAACUCUUCGGUAACGGAUGGAAAUGAAGAAAAUCACGGUAGUACCUCACCGUCGUUUACUCGUGAAAAUGAAACUCAUGCUGAUUCGAGAGAACAGGAUUCGUCGGCGAUUCACGAAAAUGAGACUGGUCUGAGUGAUUUAGCAGCGUUUUUCAAUGCUGAAAGUGAAUCUGAUGCCGAUUUACCGAAACAGAACUCUUCGGUAACGGAUGAAAAUGAAGAAGACCACAGCAGUUCUCCUCUGUUUGCUCAUGAAAAUGGAGCUCAUGCUGAUUCGAGAUAUGACGACCCGUUGAUCAUCCAUGCAAAUGAAACAGCGUUGAGGACUAAUGGCACAUUCCCCAGAGGGGAGAUAGCCACUCAAGGAGAAGAAGAAGAAGAAGCGUUCAGGACUCUUUCGCCAUUGUCCGUUGACAGAAAUAAAUCUAACGCUGAUUCAACGAAACACAACUCCUCGGAAGUUCCUGAGAGCGACAAAGAUCUGAGUAUUGCUCCGCAGCUUUCUCAUAGUGGCAACGAAGCUAGUGCAGAUUCACGGGAACACAGCUUCUCGGAAACCCAUGGAAAUGUGACUGAAACUUCGCGUUUGAUCCUCGGGAAUAAAACCAACGGUUGGGAUUGGCUCCCUCAGAAUGUGACAAACUCGAGAGUCGUUAUUUCCCCCGAACUUGUCGACACUGUUCUCGACAAACUUGACCUUACGAAUGAACGUGUCAAGCAAAUUGGUCGGAACGAAGCUUUGUUUUAUCUCUUCACGAAAGAAAAUUAUUCUCAAUUUCAACGACUCUUGAUCGGUUCAACAGAAUCUAUAAGACGCAGCUUUUUCAACUCAUCCAACCCAACGGUCUUCAUAACUCAUCGAUGGCUCAAUGGUUUCAGUGUCGCAUCUUGCACGACCCUCCGAGACGCGUACUUGGCAGGCCCGAAGGAUGUGAACGUGAUAAUGGUGGAUUUUAACCCAUUCAAUAUGAAGCUUCGUUACAACUCGGUUACAAGAGUCUCGGUGAUUGGUCAACGAAUAGCUCGAAUGAUCAAUUUUUUGAAAAAGGAGGCUAAAUUGAAGCUCGAACUUACCACGCUCGUUGGCCACUCGAUGGGUGCUCAUGUGAUGGGAGUUGCUGGCAGAUACACGGACGGCGAGGUUCAACAAAUUUUUGCAUUGGACCCAGCACGUAAAUUGUUCGAAGACGCGAAUUCCGUGUACCGUCUAACAAAAAAGAGUGCAAAGAACGUGCAAGUGAUUCAUACGAAUGGACACGAGCAGGGUCUGUUCGAACCUCUGGGCCAUUCGGACUUCUAUCCCAACGGUGGAGUGUCUCAACCGGGUUGUGAAAACUACGACACUUCCUCGAAUGGUGCUUGUUCUCAUGGCCGAGCUUAUUACCUCUUCGCGGAAUCGCUCAAUCCGAGUCUUGGUUUCGAUGCCGUGAGAUGCGAAAUUGGAGAAAAUUUAUCGAGCGGUGAAUGCAGCGGUCCGGUUGGCAGAAUGGGCGGACGCGACACGAAUCAAAGUCCGACGAGCGGAGUUUUUUAUCUCAAAACUACCGACGUCCAGCCUUAUGCGAUGCUGAUGACCAAAAAGGCAUAUAAACAUUGAGAAGUUUGUUGAGUUAAGUGCUGAAAAAUAUUGGGACGCUGAAAAUACAAAAUCGAUUUUUUACGAGCCUUUCGACCAUGGAAUUCCAGCCCUCCGAACGGUUCCAGAACAAAAGGGAUCAUUUUAAUGAAUAAUAAAGAAAGAUCAUUUCAAUUUUA